UCUCGUUGUGGAUGUCCUCAACUUGUGCUUGUGUUGUUGCUCCACCUGAAGUCCUCAGUGCGGGAAACACUUCUAGACGGUUCGGGCGUCUGUAAACGUGAGACACAAUACGCGCUCUGAAAACAAUACUACAUUUGACACACGUUUAACGGUUUGCUGUGACUUUUUGAAAACGCACCUUUACGGUAUUAGAAUUAAUUUAUUCGAUUAGACAGGACCCCUUUUUUCCUCUUUGAUCGUUACUCUUAACGAAUUCUUGUUGUCCUGUGAACUUGAGUGGAUUAUUGGAUGCUACAUACUGGCCUUGAAUUCCGACGCUUUAAUGGUCUAGUCUGCGCGGCUGUAAUUUCUGCACUGAACGGGAUCCGCUAAUCUUGGAAUGGUAUGUUUGUAAUUGCCCGGAAAAAUAUGUGCACAUUGAAAUCACGUGUGAUUGAUUUGUGAGAGCUUCGCGCGAAAUUCGUUCGUUGGGAACGCGUACGUCGUAUGGAACUUUGAGAAGCCUCAAAAGAAUAAAAAAAUGACUGGAAAGGACGAGACUCAAAGUGAGAAAAUAAGGAAGAUGUUCAGUUGGAGUAAUGGAUUAACGAGCGACAUCACUACGGGAGUCGACGGUGUACUUGGUAAUUCAAAUUCAAUCCACACUAUGCAGACUACGGAAAACGAAAUGGACGGCACUAUAACGCCUAAUGCAGUUCUUGCAACUCCUGGACUGAAUAAUCAAGCCUGGAAUCGUCAACAAGCCGUGAGCGUCAGGCACGCCUUUAAGACUUAUGGCAGUAGCAAGAAUCCAAAUCAUGUUAUACAAAAUCUCAGUAUGACAGUAGCCAAAGGGUCUAUAUACGGUCUCUUGGGUGCUAGUGGUUGUGGGAAAACAACCCUUCUGUCAUGCAUCGUAGGACGAAGACGCCUGAACUCUGGAGAGAUUUGGGUACUCGGCGGUAAACCGGGUACGAAGGGUUCUGGUGUUCCUGGUAAAAGGGUUGGAUAUAUGCCCCAGGAAAUAGCCCUCUACGGGGAGUUCACCAUCAGAGAGACUAUGAUGUACUUUGGCUGGAUCUUCGGCAUGUGCACUGCUGAGAUUGUUGACAGACUUCGAUUUUUACUGCAAUUUUUAGAUUUGCCCUCUCAAAAUCGAAUGGUGAAAAAUCUUAGCGGAGGCCAACAGAGGAGAGUCUCCUUUGCUGUGGCACUCAUGCACGACCCGGAACUUCUCAUUCUGGACGAACCUACUGUCGGCGUGGAUCCCCUGUUGAGGCAAAGUAUCUGGAAUCACUUGGUCCAAAUCACCAAAGACGGCAAUAAGACAGUCAUUAUCACAACGCAUUACAUUGAGGAGGCUCGACAAGCUCACACGAUUGGUUUAAUGAGGAGUGGACGAUUAUUAGCUGAGGAGUCACCCAGGGCUCUUCUUACCAUGUACAACUGUCCAUCCCUUGAGGAUGUGUUCUUAAAACUCUCCAGGAAGCAGGGACAAUAUGCACAACCCACCACGGAAUUAAAUAUCUCAAAUAAUAUCAGUCUGGCAUCCUUAAACUGGGGCAAGAAAGACGAAUCGGUGUACGUGACUGAUGAGUCCGGAGUAGUCGGCCUUAACUUUCAUCAGAGUAAAGAAGUUCUCAUCCAUGACACGACGAAUGGCGUUGGCAGCCAUUACGACCUCAACGGGAAACCAUUGCCUGGCGUCAAGGGGGAGUCUUCGUCCGUGGAGUGCGAAGAUUGCGGUGACUGCUCGGAUUGCUAUAGAAUAACCAGUCCUGGGAAAAUGCGGGCGCUGUUGCAAAAAAACUUUUUGCGAAUGUGGAGAAACGUUGGAGUGAUGCUCUUCAUCUUUGCUCUGCCGGUCAUGCAGGUCAUACUUUUUUGUCUUGCUAUCGGACGAGACCCGACUGGACUAAAAUUGGCCAUUGUCAAUCACGAAAUGAAUUACGAAAAUAUGUCUUGUCCAGUAUCGGAAAAUUGUAGUUUCACCAAUUUGAGCUGUCGAUAUCUCAGGUUCCUCGACAAUAAUACAAUGAUCAAAGAAUAUUAUCCCGAUCCUGAAUCCGCGAUGGAAGCUGUGCGCAAAGGUCAAGCUUGGGGUACUUUGUACUUCACGGAAAACUUCACUGACGCUCUGGUAGCGCGAAUGGUCCUUGGAAGGGAUGCUGAUGACGAGACGCUCGAUCAGAGCGAAAUUAGAGUCUGGCUCGAUAUGUCCAAUCAACAGAUUGGACUCAUGUUAGCUAGAAACCUUCAGUACUCGUACAGGGACUUCGCUAAGGAUCUGUUAAAAUCUUGUGAACGGAAUGAAAAGUUAGCGGAUGUUCCCAUUCAAUUUGAAGAACCGAUUUAUGGUUCCAGUGAACCGAGUUUCACGGAUUUCGUAGCUCCUGGUGUUAUUUUAACCAUCGUCUUUUUCUUGGCUGUGGCACUGACGUCUUCCGCAUUGAUAAUCGAGAGAAUGGAGGGUCUUCUCGAUCGAAGUUGGGUAGCUGGUGUUUCACCUGGCGAAAUUCUAUUUUCUCACGUUGUCACACAAUUCGUCGUGAUGUGCGGCCAAACCGCACUUGUCCUUAUCUUCAUGAUUCUCGUAUUCGACGUUAAAUGUAAAGGUGACAUCGGCUGGGUCAUCAUCCUUACGAUACUUCAGGGUCUAUGCGGCAUGUGUUUCGGAUUUGUGAUUUCGGCGAUUUGCGAACUCGAAAGAAAUGCCAUUCAGUUGGCCCUUGGCAGCUUUUACCCUACGCUUCUGCUCAGUGGCGUCAUUUGGCCAGUGGAAGGUAUGCCUACGAUACUACGAUACAUAUCCCAAGCUUUACCAUUAACCAUGGCUACCACGUCACUACGUUCAAUGCUCACCCGCGGUUGGUCCAUCGUCGAACCCGACGUCUACAACGGUUUCAUCUCCACCAUCCUCUGGAUCGUCGUUUUCCUCACAAUAAGCAUGCUGGUUCUCAAGUUCAAACGUGGUUAAACAAAAGCAUACCACCGAUGCGGGUCCUAUGUACAGUAUGUGAAAAUUAUAAAGAGUGACUACGCAAAGUCCAAGUUUACCGAAGAGCAUUGGGAGAGGAAAGCGCGCGGAUCGACUUUAGUCCUUUACUCGAUCGCGCGAUUAUCCCUGGCAAGGUCAACGAUGCCGAAGACAUCCUUGCCAGCCUUGGUAAAGUUUCGGUCGGUAAGAACCACCGGUGUCAUCCGGACGUGCGCUAUCGGAGGACUACCUUUAUUAUAUUAUUUUUAUUUUAUUAAUUAUCCACAAAAUUUAACCCCCUUUAUCGAUAACCGACUUGAGACUGUGAUGACGGAGAAGAGCGAAACCUCAAACCUAGAUGGUCGUAAGGGCCCAGAAAUUUUGAGUGGCGACGCUGGCUGUAUCAAUGACUCCAGUAUCUCGGGAUUUUAGGGCAAGACGCUGUUCUGUCUUUUUUUUUUUGUUUUACAACCUUUGCUGUUCUUAGUAAAUUUAAGGACAUGCAGAAGCUGUGCGGCUAUUCGCAAUGUUGAUGGUGGAGGAGAUACAUGGAUGUGUUAUAUGACUUUUAUCAACUCUUCUCAUCUUGCGGGAGAUCUUUCUUAUCUCGUUAAAUCAAAAACAACGCAUCGAUCUUAAUCCAUAGGCACCGCGCUCGUAAUGGCCGUUGCGUGCUUUUGUGUCUAUUAUUUUGUGUCUAUUAUGCGUCUCUGUGUGCUCAACGAUCGCUCGAGUUCUACGAGUUUCUCGCGAGAUGACGAUCUUACCGUUGUGGACCAUCCUCCUAUCCGUGGUACAGAAUGUCAAUGUUAUGGGAAAACAUGUGGUGUUUUGAAUUUUAUGCUCGAAGAAUAGGUUUUUGGUAAUGUAAUACGUUGGUGAAACUCUGGUCUUGUAACUUUUGGAUUUCGUUAUUGUAUCAAUUGGUCGACUAAUGACAUUCGAUAAUAUCGUUCGACUGUCUAGUUACCUAUUUUAUCGAAAUUAUUCAAGACGAGCGUUUUGGUUUUGUAUAAUUGUUGGCUAUGGUUUUUAUUAAAUUUCAUUAGGUUCGAUUAAUUAUUGGAUCGUCAAUCCUAGAGGUGUUCAUUGCGGUAAAUUCGUUCUCGUGGAUAAGAAAAAGAUUGUAAUUAGUAUUUUUUUUAUAAGUUAUUAGGAAGUAGCUGUUAGCGUAGGACGAUUAUACUUGCCCAUGACUUAAGUAUGUUUUAUUUAACUUGUAACAAUUAAAGUGUGCGAACGGAAGGAAUUCUUACACUUUUUUCAAAAAAGAAAGAUUAUAUCAUCCGUCCUCAAAUAAAGUUUUUAAUUGUAAUUGUACAUAUAAAUAUAUAUCGUAAUAUGUUGAUUUCGAAGUAGCGUAAUAAUGUGGGUCACGGUGUCUUUUUUUUUUCGCAAAAAUCUUCAUCCAAGUUAACUUGAGCGAUUCGACGUUGUUUUUCGUUACGUUACAGUUUCCGCGGGUGCUUCGACCAUAUAAUGCAAUCAAGACGAAAGAAGUAUAACUGAUCAGGAUAUGUUGGUAUAAUUCUUUUUUAAUGUAUUAAUUGAUAAAAAUUUUUUGCGAGAGUUAAUUUUAUUUGCUCUUGAAUAUCAGACGCGUGAUAAGGUGUUGUCGUGUGAUACUAUUGAUGCACGAUAAACAGAGUCUUUAUGCACGAGGUUAGGAAAAUUUCUGUAAUUUAAUGUGUUAUCAAGGGAAAACAAUCAACGCGUCAAUGAGCAUUCGAAAUGAGAGUAAAAAUCUUUUUUGACGAAUUGCUCUACGUAAAGAAUUAUAUACUUAAGGAUUUAAGGAAUUCUGCCGAUGGUAUCGACUACGGGCAAGCUACGUUGCGUGAAACUAUGUUUAUUGAAUUUUUUAUCAAAUGUUUAAUUAAAUGACGAUUACAGCAUUCAAUAGAAUUUAAGACGAAACAUAUAGUUAAUUGUUCGAGCAGAGUUUUGUUAAUUAUCGAGAUUUACAUAUAACGGGAAGGAUAUCAAAAUUUGUACAAUGGCGUGAAAAUUGUUAAAAUAUUAUAGAAGAAAAUAAAAAGAUUUUUCGAUUAUGGCUUAUAGUUGAUGUAUCAUAUGAUCGUAUCCACUACUCGUUGCGGAAUGCACCUUUACGCGAGAAUACAAAUAUCUAUUUAGACAUACAUAAUUGCAGUUUACGAGAAACAAAGAAUGAAGAGUCACGGAAAUAUUAAUUGAUUCAUAAAGUUUUUUUUCCACCAGUCAUUUAUCAAUUUUCCACUCGUUAAUUAAUUGAUUUAUAAACAGUAGGUACCAAUAAACGGAUACGAGAAGAAGAAACACCUUUUUUUUAAGAAAAAAUACAAUUACAUAAAAAAGUAUACUGACGCACGAGCUAAUAAUAAUAAGUAUGUAUAUAUAUAUAUUGUAAACACAUAAUAAAGUACCGUAAUCCUAUGUAAAAAAAUAUUCGAAGGUACUAACA